AUGAAGCCAGUGAUCCCAACUUUACGCGAGAGGGGUUAUUUGUCUAUCGUUUAUCUAGAUGAUUCUUUACUGUUCGGUGACACUUUUCAGGACUGCGCCGCAAACGUCAAAGCAACUCUCCAGUUGCUUGAUCAUUUGGGUUUUCUUAUUAAUCCACGAAAGUGCGAGCUCGUCCCAAGCCAACGGAGAAAGUAUUUAGGUUUUAUAUUGGACUCCUUCAAAAUGACUAUAUCCUUACCAGAAGAUAAGAGAAUAGUUAUACUUGAACAUCUGCGCAAAUUCUCCAAUAAACAAUCUUGCAAGAUUCGAGAUUUUGCGAGGCUCAUAGGAACGCUAAAUUCCAUUGGCCGAACAGUUACUUAUGGAUUCGUAUACAUUCGAGACUUUGAGAGGCAGAAGUUCCUCGCUUGCUUAAACUCUAAUAAUGAUUACGACGCUCGUAUGAUGCUACCCACAUCACUCCAAGCCGAUUUCAAGUGGUGGCUGCACAAGUUACGCUCCCCACCGAUUGAAAGAUCAUUACUAAAACGGAAGUUUUCUCACGUAAUCUUUUCAGAUGCUUCACCUUCCGGUUGGGGUGCCUCUAUGGGUAGGAAGCAAACACACGGCUGGUGGUCAGACCAGGAUAGAGAUGAGCAUAUCAAUUUUCUCGAAUUGAAGGCUGUGGAAUACGCUCUCCGCUCUUUCGUGGAUGAUCUCCACUCCCGAGACAUAUUACUCCGUGUCGAUAAUACGACAGCAAUUGCUUACAUCAACAAGGGCGGUUCCUCGCGAUUUCCGAAACUUUCAGCUCUUGCAAAGUCGAUUUGGCAAUGGUGCGAAUCUCGCGAUUUAUAUCUUUUUGUAUCUUACAUUCGAUCUGCCGAUAACGUCGUGGCAGACAGAGAAUCUCGAAUAGUUUCGAUUGAAACCGAGUGGGAGAUCAAUUCCCGCUCUUUCGACAGAAUUUUAGAGCAUUUUGGGCCUUUCGACGUCGAUCUCUUUGCGUCCUAUAUCAACGCAAAGUGCAAGGUCUUCGUUUCUUGGUUUCCGGAUCCGUUCGCGACCGCCAUCGAUGCUUUUACGUUAGAUUGGAGUGAAUUUUAUUUUUAUGCCUUUCCACCUUUCAUAUUAAUUACUAGAGUUUUACGGAAAAUAGUCAAUGAUGGAGCAGUGGGUGUUUUAGUGGUUCCCAGAUGGCCAGCUCAACCGUGGUUCCCAGUUUUUCAUAAAUUAUGUAUUUCAGACAUAAUUGCUUUUGAGCCAAAUCCUAACCUUUUAAUUUCCCCCUUCAGGAGUCAACACCCAACGUGGCACAACAUUCCCCUGAUUGCAGGGAGAUUAUCCGGCAAGCGUUUCGCCGAAAGAGAUUUCCGGAGGAGUCGCUAG